GACUAUUUAUAUCCUUAUCUGUGAGACUAGCAUUCAACCUAGAGAACUCCAAAUCAACAUGUUACCACUUUAUUUCAGCUGUCUCUGGGUGAUAUAUGUGUCGUGCCUCCUGCAAGGUGGAUGGGCAGUUUCAGAGGAGAAUGACAGAUUUGACCUCCGAUGCUUCUCAUGUCUUGAUGCCAAGGAUCCGAUGUCAUGCAAUGCCUACGAAAUAUGUGGUGCAGGGGAGGAAUGUUUCACUCGAAAAUUCACAGAUCACCUUGGGAAGCCAGCAUUCAGGCUCGGUUGUGAGUCCAAAAUACUUUGCAAUCUCUACAAAAAUGCUCUAACUAUUAUCGGCAAACGUACCAUCGAGGACGACAGCCAACGUGACUGCUUCGACUGCUGUGACGCCGACAGUUGUAACGGCGACAUGUGUGGAGGGAACGCAACACAAGGGUACACAACUACACAUGGUCUUAUGAAUGUAAAUGUUACAACGUCAGAGACAACGGCAGAGACAACGACCGAGACAACGUCAGCACCCACAACUGAAGCAACACUACCGCCGCCCAAGUGUCCACACACCUACCUGACCGGCCCCGGAUCCUGCUACUUGCUUGUCAAUUCCUCUCAAACCUGGCAUGAGGGGGAUGUUUUAUGCAAACAGCUGGGGGCACAACUCAUGUCCAUCAACGACAAGACAGAGGACGACUUCAUCACCAACUAUCUCAACACUCUCUCAGGUUCUCCACAGCCGGAUGGCUACUGGGUAGGGGGCUACUACGACAAGAGUACGUCACAGUGGAAGUGGCAGGAUGGUACAAGUAUGACGUACGUCAGAUGGGGACCUCAUCAACCAGUGUCCUAUGUCAACUACAACGUGAACCUGUUCAACCCACGUGUCUCUGCUGAGUACCACAACUGGAAGUGGUCUACUAACGUCGAGUACGCAAGCAACAGGUGGCUCAUUUGUGAACGUCCGUUCAUUUAAAGAGAACGUCCAAGUUGGGUCCUUCGUUGUACUUUGUGAACGUCCGUUCAUAUUACAGGGGACGUUGAACCUUACAUCUUACUCUGUACCCGUUUGAAUAAAUUUCAUGCUGAA